GAGCGUUAUUUUCCAAAAAACAAAAAAAGGAGGAGGAAAAAAGUGUGUGAAUUCUUUGCAGGAUUAUCUAGGCUACAGUGACAGUAACGCCAGUUAUCUUAUUUUAUCUGCUGCCUAAGCUAAAUUCCAGGCGGUUCUAUCUCUGCCGGCCGGCGUCCAAUUUCUCCGGGAAACAAUGUAUUCAUGUGCUGAGACUACUGUCUUUGAAUUACGUGCUUAGGUCUUGCAAGCACCUGGUUAUUUAAGGAGAUGAACUGCGUUCGCAUAAACAGUUCCUAUCCUGCCUGCAAUCUCAAAGCUUCCUUUCCAUCACUUACUGCUCCAAGGAGGACUUCCAAUUUGACCAUAUUAUCUUCGACUUAUCUCGGUACCAAACUCCCGAAAAUCUCUCUGAAUGUGAAAGUAGGUGUAUCCAAACUGCAGCUUUGCAAAACUGUAUGCUUAUUUGGUGGCAAGGGGAAGGCAAGCAAUGACAAUGAGGCUUCUCCGUGGAAAGCUCUUGAGAAGGCCGUGGGGAAUCUGAAGAAGGAACAGUCAGUUGAGGAUUUAUUGAAGCAACAGAUUCAAAAACAAGAAUACUAUGAUGGAGGAGAUGGUGGUGGAGAUCGUCCAGGUAGUGGCGGUGGAGGUGGCAGUGACGGUUCUGGUCAACCAGAGGAUGAAGGCAUUCCAGGGAUCUUAGAUGAGCUAGGACAAGUAAUCUUGGCAACUACGGGCUUCAUAUUUCUGUAUAUCUACAUAAUUGAAGGCGAGGAGAUCACUGUGUUCACAAAGGAUAUUCUCAAGUUUAUCUUUCUAAGGCAAAAGAGUAUUCGUCUUGGACGCACAAUUGCAAAGUGGGAAAACUACUUCAGAAGCCUGACUGAGAAGAAAGAAGAAAAUCCAUAUUGGUUGGAAAGUGAGAUUCUUAGAACCACUACUUGGUAUGACGGCCCCGCAAAAUAUAGGCACAUUCUCAGACAGUUGCAAUCCGACUCUUAUUAUUGAUAAGAAACCUUUUCUCUGUGCUAUCAAAUUUUGUACUAGUUUAAAGAGUUUUCUGACUGCCUGUUUGAGUAAGAGAAUGGAUGAAGAACUGAAAAACUGUUUAAUUGUUGGUAGAAUUUUGUGUCAUGAGUAUAUUUUCAGGUUUUCUUAUUUUGGGAUGAGAUAUGGAUCAUUCAAUUAAAGAAUGUUAUGUUUGAUUAAAGGCUGGCAUAAGAUGUGAGAGAGAUUAAAUUGCUAUAGUGA